AUGGCCUACGACCCCCGACUAGUAUCCUCCACAAGUACCAGUGCAGGCACUGCGUCGACCGCCACACCACCGCCCCCACCUCCUCCACCCCUGGAGCAACACCAACCAGUGCAACAAACGGACAACUACAAACUCCGCUUCUGCACGGUAUGCGCCUCGAACCAAAACCGCUCAAUGGAAGCGCACCUCCGCCUCUCAACCGCCACCCCCUCCCCGUUCCCGGUAAUCUCCUUCGGGACGGGGUCCCUGGUGCGCCUACCGGGGCCGACAGUGCACCAGCCCAACAUCUACCACUUCAACACGACGAGCUACACGCAGAUGUACGAGGAGCUGCAGGCGAAGGACGAGCGGCUGUACCGGUACAACGGGCUGCUGAACAUGCUGGACCGCAACCGGAACCUCAAAUGGGGGCCGGAGCGGUUCCAGGACUGGGUGCCGGGGGUGCCACGCGUCGACCACGUCGCCAAGGGCGACAAGGGCGCGCUGGGCACCGAGGGCGGCGUCGUCGAUGUCAUUAUCACCUGCGAGGAGCGCUGCUGGGACGCCGUCGUCGACGACCUCAUGGCGAAGGGCGCCCCGCUCAACCGCCCCGUGCAUGUCUUCAAUGUCGACAUCAAGGAUAACCAUGAGGAGGCCCUGGUCGGCGGGAAGGCGAUUCUGGAGUUGGCGAAUUGGUUGAAUGAGGCGGCGAGACAGGAGCGGCGGCGCGCUGCUGCUACUGCUGCUGCUGCGCCGGGUGGUGGUGCUGCUGCUGCUUCGGGGAUGGAAGGGUGGGAGAAUGGGCACGGUGAGGCGAGGCGGAAUUUCGAUGAGCGCGUCCCUGAGAUCUUGGCGGCGUGGCAGGAAAAAUGGCCGCAUUUGCCGGCUUUGUGGACGUUGGCGUGGUUGUAA